AUGAAGAACACCGCUAGAAAUCCAGUUACUCAAACAAUUAUUUCCGAUAGCACCUGUACAAGUGCAGAACUACUUCUCUUCCGCAAGUGCCAGGAAGAAUGCUAUGGCGCAGAGUUUGAUCAAAUAAAAAAAGGCGCGCUGGGACUGCUACGCGUAAGGGGUCGGAUCGAAGAAGCAAGAGGAGUGACAACAGAUCUCAAACAACCGAUUAUACUUCCCCGUAACAAUAUUGUUACUCAUUUGGUCGCAGAUUUCUAUCAUAGAAAGUUCCAUCACCACCACAACGAGAUAGUGGUAAAUGAGAUGCGCCAGCGAUUCUGCAUUAAUGGUCUACGAGCUUUGGUGCGGAUGAUAUCAAAAGUAUGUCAACAAUGUCGUAAUCGGAGAGCCACACCGAAUCCACCAGAAAUGGGAAAGUUACCACCAGAGCGUCUCGCGUCAUUCACUGAUCCUUUCGCUUAUACAGGAGUGGAUUAUUUCGGACCCUUCGACGUGACGAUUGGCAGAAGGCAUGAGAAGCGUUGGGGAGUUGUUUUUACCUGCAUGACUAUACGUGCCGUACAUAUUGAGAUUUCUUCAUCGCUAUCUACUGACUCAUUCCUCCUUGUUCUGAAAUUGUUUAUAUCACGACGAGGAGUUCCUCGUCGAAUCUUCUCUGACAACGGCACUAAUUUCAGAGGCGCUAGUCGCAUUCUAGCAGAUGAAAUCGAGAAAAUAUCAUCUGGCACACUAAUAGAAAAAUACCCCGAAAUUGAGUGGACUUUCAUACCACCAGCAUCACCACAUAUGGGCGGAGUGUGGGAGCGCAUGGUACGAUCUAUAAAGUCAGUAUUGAUGGACAUAUUACCAAAAGAAGGUCUACGAGAGGAAGUGCUGAGAGCAACUUUACCCGACGUCGAAAAUAUUAUUAACAUGCGCCCUCUUACCUACGUUCCACUGGAAUCAUACGAUAGCGAAGCAUUAACGCCAAACCAUUUCCUUCUGGGAAAUUCAAUUGGCAUAAGAGAGAAGGGUGAUUGCGAUGUUACCAAUCCGUCGCUGCUAAAUAAGAAAUUUCGCACAUCUGAACCCAUCGCUCCCAAAGACGUCGUAAUAAUUGUUGAUGAAAACAUGAAAAGGAACACUUGGACAAAGGGAAUAGUUAUGGAUGUCAUAAAGGGCAGCGACGGACAAAUAAGAAGCGCCGUAAUCAAAACUUCCAACGGCUUAAUAACACGGCCAGUAGUGAAACUUGCGCGCCUAGAUCUGAAAGUGAACCCCACGUCAGAGCAUGGAGAUCACGGAGGGGGGAAUGUUAGCGCGCAACAACCCUAA